AUGGAGUCUUCUCCUCCAAGGAGCAGUGCCACUGCUUCUGUGGUAGGUGUGAAGCGUCCUGCGUCCUUGUUGCCUGCUUUCGAGCCAUUGAGCUCGUCUCCCUCCCUUCCUCGGCCACAGAAGCGUGUGGCUCGCGAUAGCCAUGGCAUAGUAUCAACCUAUCCUACUCCUGUCCCGACCUCGUCGACCCAUAUCAUGUCCUCGUCACCGCCUCGGAUGGCAUUGUCACGGUCUGCAUCACGUCGUACUAUUGCUCAGUCAGGCUCCGAACGCACUCCAUUGUCGACCGUCCCAACACUGAUGCUUCCUGAGAGUGGAGAGCCCAUUUUGAUGGGGAGGUCUAGUGCAUCUUGUCACCACCAAUUGUCCGCCAAUCGGAUGAUAUCGAGGGUUCAUGUCAAGGCCACCUAUAAACCGGCACCUAACCCAUUUGAUCGUGAUAGGGUGGAGAUAAUGUGCAUGGGGUGGAACGGGGUUAAGCUUCUCUGCCAAGGCAAGACAUAUGAGUUGGCCAAAGGGAAGACGUUCACGUCCGAUAUCAAAGAUGCGGACAUCAUGGUGGAUGUCCACGAUACUCGUGUGCUCGUGCAAUGGCCACGGAAUGAAAGGAAGGACUAUGCUUCAACGGACUCAGAGCAAACCUGGGAAGAGACAACACCAAAAGGCCCCAACCAGUCUCGUAGGAGCCUACAAGGCAGUCCCCUUGCCGAACGACAGCGUCUGGUUUCCCCCGUCUCUCCGUCACCUGCGGUGCAGUCACUCGUUCCUCCAUCCUCGCCUUUGUUUACUCCUACCCGCUCGCGAAACGCAGUGGUUGUGUAUGAAGAUGAAGCAUCUCCAGUUCGUCGUGAGCUUUCUCGAGAUGUGUCAUCGCCUCGAGCCGCCCAUGAAUCCGCACGUCUGGCGGAUGUUCUCCGAAGCUCGCAGUCCAGCGAUCUGAGCGACCUUAGCAGACCCGAUGAAUUCUCGGACCACGACGAGGAGAACGACCCAAUCAUUCACUCCUUCGGUCCUUUCGGCGACAACCUCCUUCCCCGCAUGGCAUCUUUCUCCGCAGAUGAAUCACCACUGCGAGGCCCACGCCCUUCUCGGCCUCUUCAGCCUACUCAAUCUCCCAAACAGCCACAACGACCUUCCGAGAAAGACAGCUCGGAACGCAAGUCAGGACUGACUGACGAGACCUAUGAGAGAAUCCAGAACCAUGCGGCGAAUCAACUUGCUUUCUCCCGCCUGUCUUCGACUCCAUUCUCAAUUAUACUAAAUAAUCUUCCUCCGGCUCUGUGGAAGCGGGAUGACCGGUCCAAGCAGGGACCUUCAAGCGAGGAAAUUCGCGCCAUCAUAGAGUCCACCAAAUGUAUUGGCAAGGUUGCACGUGAAGGAAAAGAUGCCGCCGGCAAACCACUUGAAAGCGAAUACUACUAUAUACCUGACUUCGACGACGAUGAUAUGCGACGUGAAGCAGUUGUGAAUGACCUCAGGAAGCCAGGUCUUCGCAACUGCCGAAAGCAACAUAAGCAAUACUUCUGGCGUAAGCCAAAAUGA